AUACCUAUGCUUAUUUUCAAGCGAAUCUUUUAACCGCUCCUUCACGCUUUAAAAACUAUGAUUCAUCAUUUAAUAUAAUUUACUAGAUAUUCAAUGUGUUGUUUUUUCUUUUAUAUUUAAAGUUUUAUGAAUCUCUCACAAUGUCAUCGAUUUUUGAUGCUGCAUUUUCAGUCAUUAGUUUUGGUCUGGAUCUGAUAUGGUAUUUCUGUAUUCUGUUUUUGGUAUUAGGUAUUGCUAUUUUGGGUGCAAGGGCGUGGAGGCGACUGAUGAGGAAGAGAAUCCAUUAUGAAGUUAGAACAAGGGAUACUACAAAAGGACAUAGAUGGAGUAUGUCAGAUGAAUUACCUGAUCAAACAUUCUGCGCUGUCUCAGGUCAAAGCUUAGACCAUGGAGCAGUUUGUGAUUUUUGUACAACAGUUGUUGAAGACUAUCUGAUGAAAGAAGCCGACAAUAAGCUUGCAUGCAAGCCAAUAACAACUAGGGCUAGCUAUACAAGUCAUCAUUGGAUUAGGGGUUAUGUCUAUUCAAACUCACCCUGUUCUCUAUGCAAUAGAAUAUGUGGUGUAUCAGCAAAGGAUGUAAGAUGCUGUUGGUGUGAUAGAUGUGUACACGAAGGUUGUAUAAAGCAAAUGGUGAAGGAAUGCGACUUUGGUACUUUUGCAUUAUCAAUUGUACCACCGCACUGCGUUGGAGUGAGUUUAGUUGGCAUUAGAGGCAGACGCCAUCUAAUCGUUAGCUCUGUUAGACGUCCAAUUCUACCUAAUAUGUCAGAAUGGAGACCUUUAAUUGUUUGUGCCAAUAGAAAAGCUGGAAAUGAAGAUGGUGAGAGAGUUUUAAAAGCUUUUAGAGGAAUACUACAUCCUGCACAAGUGGUAGAUUUGGCCGAAAUAGAACCAGAAAAUGCAUUAGAGUGGUGUCAUUUACUUCCAGGAGUUUCCUGGAGGGUAUUGGUAGCAGGAGGAGACGGUUCUAUCGGUUGGGUUUUAAGAGCUAUUGACAACGUUACAGAUAAGCAAGAAUUAUCGAAACCCGAAGUUGGAAUUCUUCCAUUGGGAACCGGUAAUGAUCUCUCCCGCGUCCUUGGCUGGGGCGAGGGGCAACAAGGAGAUAUUGACGCCCAUUCGAUAUUAGAGGAACUGGAUAAUGCUAAACCAGUUCGUCUAGACCGCUGGAAAGUUGAUAUAUAUCCGUUUCAAAAGUUAUUUAGAAAACAGAAUCGAGUUAUGAAUAAUUAUAUAUCAGUAGGAGUAGAUGCACAGGUUGCAUUCAAUUUUCACAAGCAUAGAAACAGCCAGCCAGCACUUUUUGGAUCAAGAUUAAUAAAUAAAAUGUGGUAUUUUACUUAUGGCACCAAAGCUGUACUUGAAAGAGAAUGUCAGAAUCUGCAUAAAAAAUUGAAAGUAUAUUUAGAUGAAAAGGAAGUUGAAUUACCGGAAGUAGAAGGCGUCGUUAUACUUAAUAUAGCAUCUUGGGGAGCUGGGUGUAAACCUUGGCAAAUGGGAUCAGACGACCAACAAAAUUUUCAAGAGGCACGUCACGAUGAUGGCCUAUUAGAAGUAUUAGCUCUCUAUUCCUCAUUUCACAUAGCCCAGUUAAAAGUCGGAUUAGCAUCACCUUGUAGAUUAGGGCAAGCUCGAAAAGUUCGUUUAGAAUUAUCUACAAACGCACCAAUGCAAGUAGAUGGUGAACCUUGGCAACAAAGUCCAGCAACAAUUAACAUAUCUUUUCACAAUUUUGCAACAGUCUUAGCUCGUAAAGAUGCUUAUUGUAUAAAAAACACUUAUUAA